CUGUUCUCACGAAGGAAGAAAUGAGCUGCUUGAAACUGGAGCUAAAGAUGUGAAGCGACAUCAGAAAAAUGACGCCCUUAAUAUUUCUGAUUCUAGUGGGAAUUGAAGGAUCCACCGCUGUGACCCACUCUCUGAAGUAUAUCUACUCAGCAUCUUCAGGAAUAGAAAACUUUCCAUCAUACGUCUCUGUUGGGUUUGUGGAUGGAGUUCAGAUAAGUUACUGUGACAACAUCAUCAACAAAACCAUCCCUAAACAGGACUGGAUGAAUAAAGUGACUUCAGAACAUCCUGAUUACUGGAAGGAGGAAACAGAGACAUGUCUGGUUAAAGAGCAAAUCCUCACAGCAAACCUAGAAAUUGCAAAAAAACGUUUCAACCAGACUGAAGGAGUUCACGUCUUUCAGCAGAUGUAUGGCUGUGAAUGGAAUAAUGAGACUGGAGAGGUCAAAGGUUAUGAUCAGUUUGGUUAUGAUGGAGAAGAUUUAAUCACCCUGGACCCACAAACACAGGAAUGGAUCGCUCCAAAACCACAAGCUGUGAUCACCAAACAAAAGUGGAUUAAUGAUAAAUAUGAUGUAGAAUAUGAGAAGUCCUACUUAACUCAGACAUGUGUUGAGUGGCUGAAGAAAUAUGUGAAUUAUGGGAGAAACUCACUGAUGAGAACAGGUAUUACAAAAUAUCUGGAGUGGAUUAUCUCACUCAAUAACCACGAGGCUUACAGUUAUUUAAAAUGUAUCUCCUUAAAAUAUUGA